AUGGGAUUCAUAGUACCGGGGACUAUCCUGAAGCUGGACGUGGAGUCGUCGUCGCGACGCCACAAGCGUGGGCUCAAGCGUGUGUUUGUGCCCCAGAAAAGUUUCAAAGAGUUCAAUACGCGAUAUAAGCGCCAGAAUGUGACCCAAUUGAUCCAGCAUAUAGAGCAAACCGAUUCCCGCACCCGUUUGGCCACCACGCACAAAGCCCACACACUCACCGAUCUGCCCACGGAGAUUCUUCUGGGAAUCUUUGUUGAGUCAGAAAACCUUGACAGUCUCGCGGCCACUUGCAAACUGUUCAGCCACCUGGUUGAUCACAGCUACAACCAUUUGGCCCAGGAAAUUGUGCAACGCAAGUACCUGAAAGUGGUGCGAACGAAACCGCGCGAGUUUGCGUUCAUAAAACGACGCGUCAGCAACGACAUGGACCACGACCACGACGCCAACGCUCUGCGCACCGAGAUCGAGAGGCUCAAGUACCAGCUCACUAUUUCGCCAACCGUCUACACCUCCGCGCACCAGAUCCGCAUUCUGGACGAGCGUGUAUUCGCCAACAAGUACCUGACAUGUUCGAUUUUUCGGUCGCUUUCGCCCGAUCUGGUGCUUCCCACAACGACAACCGCCGCGAUCCCGACAAAAAUCGAGAAGCUACGCAACGACGGCGAAAAAAACCUAAAGACUAAAAUCAUUGAACUCCACAAAGAUACGCCAAUCAAGUUCCCUUAUUUGGACGGCGACAAUUUCACAGCCAUAGACUACAUUCACGGCAGAUACCAAGACAAGCUGCUGGUGAUCCGCGAGCUAAUUCUACGAGACACGUCGUUUGUGUCUCCAAUCUAUCAGAUCCUAAAUCUUGUGAUUCAUUUAAAUAGGGCCUACAGACGAGCCGGGCAGGGAGAACCAAUCAUCGGUACCCGGUUAUACGAGCGGUUGAUCGAGACAAACCGUCCGGCCAAAGACGGAGACUCCGAUACUCCCCGAAUUUCUGACCCUAACGUGAUAAUCAGCUGCUUGAAGUUCAACGAGCAGCAACUGCUGAAACUGGUGAUGGCCGAGAGCGAUUUGGAAAAACUGGCCUCUGAUCUGCAGCUGUGGAGUUUCAUCAUGGAAUCGAAGAGUUAUGCGUACUUCCACCAGCUCGAGAAGCUGGGACUCAAGCCGACGCCUGUGGUGAUGAAGAAUUUCAACUAUGCCCAUUAUCCGGAAGAUCUUGAACAAUUGGUCUUCGUUCGACGAGCCGGGGAAAAGAGGCUUGCCCGUGUACAUUUCGGCCAUGAUGCAGCCUGCGGACCACAUGUCGAUGGACGUGGAGUAGCUUCGCGAGCCGAGCAGCACGUCCGGCGCACGGUACCACAGAGUGACCACCUCGUUGGAGAACGUGUUGACCGGAAUACCAUACGCUCUAGCAAGUCCAAAAUCCCCGAGCUUGAGCUCGCCUUUGCUGCUGAUGAGCAAAUUCUGCGGCUUGAGGUCUCUGUGCAGCACUCUGUUGUCGUGACAGAACAUGAUUCCUCUGAGCAACUGGAACAUGAACGACUUGACCACAUGGGGCUCCAAAGCACCGCUCUUGUUGUACCCGUUCGAGUCCAUGUAUCUUUUCAGGUCCUUGUCCAGAUACUCAAACACAAGCGUCAGCUUGUUCUCUGUAUGUAUGACGUCGUACAACGUGAUGAUGUUCUCGUGUCUGAGCUCCUUCAUAAUGGAGAUUUCUCUAAUGGCUGUAGAAGGCGUUCCUUCCUCGCUGUCGAGGUUGAUUUCCUUCAACGCGACAAACGUGCCCAGAGCGCGGUUCCUGCCUUUGAAAACAGUGGCGUACGUGCCUUCGCCGAGUUUUUCCAGUUGCUGAAAUUGAGAGGCCGAGGCGGACAUGCCCCGUCCCCCCGCCGCAACACCGAGGAAACGCUCAAACCGCGCGAGAUCCCCAACAUCCGCGACAAGCCGUCUGUGCUGGGCCCGCAGUGGUGUGGGAUUUUCGAGACCGACGUCGAGUUCGAAAGCGUCCAUUUUAUCCAGGCCAUGACUAACCUGCUUCGCAACCCAAACAUCAACUCCACCGUCAUUUUGCGCGCCGACGUGCUCAAAGAGUACACCUACACCUACCCGGACGGGUCUGACGAGCCGUUCUUGGAAAAGUACAUCGCCGAAGACACCCAGGACAUUUCCAGUGGAGACCCAUCAGAACCGGUCCUCACUCGCAACAUCGACGACACAGAGAUCAAACAGGUCCCGUUGCCCGACAAGUACCGGCCCAGGAUUGAAAUGGUACGCCGUAUGAUCCCCAGGAACCCGUCCAAGGACUACGUGAUCAACCAGACCUGUUUGAUGAUGGAGGACGGCCACGACGACGUGCUCAUCAUCUACACGCCGCACAUCAAAAACCCGGCAGAGAUCCCGUUCUACUUGCCGCCGGUGCGGUCGAUCGCGCUGCUCUACUCGAAAUCAAAGCUCUCGAUCCACUACCUGCCCUUUGGCACCGUCCAGGAGCUGAAGCAGAUGAGUCCGAUCGAACGGCCGGUGAGAAUCGCGUACCGGCUCAUGAGCACCGCGCAGCGCCACUCGGACGGCGUGCGCAACGGGUACGAGAAGCGCGUCAACCACGAUCUCGUCGUGUCGAAAGUCGCGUUCCAGGACCGCUACAUCCUGCUCAAGCAGAAGUAUGCUCGCACGCUCGUGGAGGACUGGCGAGAAAACACCGACCCGCGUAAACACGUGUUCGAGGACAUCGCCAUUGCCGCGUUCCUGAUCGAGUUCUGGAACAAGAUCUACCCGGACAAGGAGCUGUUUGAGUUCCGCGACCUGGGCUGCGGCAACGGGCUGCUGGUGUACCUGCUUUCCAUGGAAGGGUACAACGGGAUUGGGAUUGACGCGAGAGCACGCAAGUCCUGGGAAAUGUACCCACCAGAGGUGCAGAAGAAGCUCAAGGAGCAGGUGAUCAUCCCGAGCGUGCUGCUCAGACCGCACCCGGCCGUCCGCACACACUUUUUCUCGGAUAACGGCCGUGUUUUCAAAGUGCCAGCUCCCAAAGACGCCCUGCCCGACGUGAAGCUCGCAGACAAACAGCAGCUCGUGGAGCUGUUCACGGCCGCCGAUAUCCUGGCCUCGCCGCAGGUCAACGCCGCAGAGUUCCCGAAAAACACCUUCAUCAUCGGCAACCAUUCUGACGAGCUCACCACGUGGAUCCCGUUGCUGGGGUACCCGUUCAUGGUGAUCCCGUGCUGCUCGCACAACCUCAACGGCGACAAGGUGCGGUACGCGGCCAAGAAGCUGCCCGCCUCCCCCAACUCCCCGACCUCGUACACGUCCGACUCGCGGUAUGCCACCCUGGUGGACCACGUCGAGUACAUUGCAACCAUGUUUGGAUGGCACGUCGAGCGCGAGAUGCUCCGCAUCCCGUCCACCAGAAACGCCGCGCUCAUCGGGUACACACCCAACAACUUCCUGCCCAAGUCCAUCUACGAGAUCAUCGCCAUGGAGGGCGGUGCCGACCGCUGGGUCGAAAACACCAUGGCGCUGAUGAAACGGCCUCCAAGAAACCAUUAA